AUGGGCUGUAUUUGUAGUGCUUAAGCAAAUUAAUAAUCAAUCAAAACUAAGAUUGUAAUUAUUGGAUUGGAAUAAAGUGGAAAAACAGCCUUGUUCGAAUAUAUUAAGAGAGGAAAUUUCAUUGAAACGCAGCCAACUGAUGGUAAGGAUUAUAAUUAUAUGAUAAGGAUAUAAUGUAGAUUUUAAUAAUAAGGACUUUUUGAUAUUUGAUUUAGCAGGUAGAACACCAAAUUUAUGGUAGCAUUAUUAUGAAAAUGCUGAUGGGAUAAUAUUUGUAAUAGAUUCUUCUAACAAAGAAAACUUAUAAUAAGUUAAGGAGUAGCUUAUGAAAUUAAAUCAAGACAUUGAAUUUCUGAAUGUAAAAUGAAAUCUUUAUUUAGAUAGGAGUUCUUAUUAUGUUUACUAAAUCAGAUUUAGAACAUAUCAAUUGUAAGGCCUUUUUGGAUGAGUGUGGAGUCUUAAAGAACUUAGAAUAAGAAAAAGCUUGGUAGAUGUGUAGUUCUAAAACUGGAGAAGGAAUUGAAGAAGGAAUCUAAAAGCUAAUGCUCUUAAUUAAGAAAUAAUAUACAAGACCCUAGAAUUAGCAGAAAGUCUGA